CUGGACAGAUCUAGCGUCGGCUCGUCCUCCCAUCAGGCAGCCACGCCCGACGCCGCCUUCCCCCAGUUCCCCGCCGAUCUGCACGGUCGCCGCCGGCUUCCCCGGCCGCCGCUGCCUUCUCCCUCCGCCGGACCCGUGGCCGCCGCCCCCUCCUCCGUCAGCGCCCCCCCGGCCGCCGCCGCCUCCCCCUGCAGCCGCGGCCAGGCUGCGUCCUCAGGCCCGGCGGCAGGUCGCCGCGGCCACCCCCCUGCAGCCGAGCCAUCCCCGGCCGCCGUGGCCAGCUCGCCGCCUCGUGGCGGCGCCGGCAAUUCUCCUCCCCCCGGCAGCGGCAGUACCCGGCCGUCGUGGUGCCAGCUCUCCUCCCCCGAUCAAUGUUACCUUCCAUUUAUAAGUCUUGAACAACCGACGCCGGCGCCUCUCCGUGACCGACGCCACCGCUCCACCGCGCUCCUCGAAAAUCCACCGCCCGUUGUUCGCGCUGUUCGCCGACCCACCACCUCCCUCGUCGCCGCCGUCUCUGCCGCCCGUUCAUCGGGUCAGUCAACUUUCAAAGAAUUUGGAGCACAGUAAUCUUAUCUAGGAAGCCGUCGCCAUCCCCGCCGUUGCCGUCGCCCGGCCACUCCCAUCGUCACCCUGCCAUCCCCACCGGCGCACCAACAAGUCUAAUCUCGUUUCUCCUCUUCGUCGUACCGUCUUCAUCGCAAACCGUUGAUUUGAUUUCGACGAAACCCUUCACUCAACGAAAGAGAUCGAUCCGUCGGUCAAUCCGCGUGAGAAACAAGCAGACCUGACCGGAGGAUUCACGUUCCGCAUCACCACCAAUCAGAUCCAACUCACGAGAAGGGCCCGAGGAGCUGAGAAGCGGCGGCGGCGAUGGAGGGGUGGGACAAGGGGACGAAGAGCGUGGUGGGCGAGAUCCCGCUGCUGUCGACGCGGGCGGGGCCCCGAGACGGCGAGGCGUGGCGGCAGCGGCUCAAGGAGGAGUAUCGCGCGCUCAUCGCCUACACGUCGGUGAACAAGUCCAAGGACAACGACUGGUUCCGCAUCUCCGCCGCCAACCUGGAGGGCACCCGCUGGGAGGGCUCCUGCUGGUACGUCCACAACCUCCGCCGCUACGAGUUCCCCCUCCAGUUCGACAUCCCCGUCGCCUACCCGCAGGUCGCCCCCGAGAUCGAGCUCCCUACCCUCGACGGCAAGACCCACAAGAUGUACCGUGGAGGGAAGAUCUGCCUCACCGUGCACUUCAAGCCGUUGUGGGCGAAGAACUGCCCAAGGUUUGGGAUCGCGCACGCUCUGUGCCUCGGCCUCGCGCCGUGGCUGGCGGCGGAGGUGCCGAUCCUGGUCGAUUCGGGCAUGGUUAAGCACAAGGACGAUGAGGUGGCUCCGGCCGAUGCAGCGGCAACGUCUGGAUCUGCCGCUGCUUCGUAAUUGUAAGAAAUCUGUGUCAUGGGGUUUGCUAUCGGGGUUGGAAAUCCACCCUGUCUUGAACUAAUAAGAACAACACCUAUACAUCGUUGAUGCACU